AUGCAAAGUACAACAGCGGGUGAACCACAUAAUAUUCUUGUUGCUAGUGAUCAUACAAUCGCCAAAGAUAAAGUAAUCGCACUAGCACGUGAAAUGAACUUCGAAUCAUUUAAUGCAGGUUCCAUUCGAGCAGCGCGUCGCCUAGAAACUGAUACUAAAUCUCUGUUUCCUCAAUGGCGGAUUCCUGUUCUUGUCGCACUUGUCAUUUUAUGCAUCUGGCUUACUUAUAUACUUUGCAUGUAUUUUAUCAAGUAUGGAGGAACUUCGUGGGAACAGCUCUUUUUAAAUAUGGUCAAUAAAGCAUUAGGUCCAAGUGUCAUCACCAUGUUAGCCAUCGUAUACAUGCCGUCGAACCUUGCAUGUAUAUUUCAAUUGGCCUACGCAACUCGAGAAAGACGAUUUCCAACAUGGUUGGAUCGAUGGAUGUUAAGUAGAAAACAACUUGGUCUAUUGACAUUUGCUUUAGCUCUUUGUCACUCUAUGUUCACGAUCAUUCUUGUAUCACCUGCUUAUUUCUCUUCAUGGUUUCAUCGUGCUGAAAUCAGAGUAUCGACCAUUCACAAUCAGACACGCUUCGUCUUUCACGACAACUUGAUGAAGGGAACAGGAGAAUUAGCAGCUCUGUUAGGUGUUCUAACUCUAUUUUGUAUGUCGAUUCUGGCUAUAACAAGUAUUCCUGCGAUUGGUAAUUUAUUGAAUUGGCGAGAGUGGCGCUUCAUACAAUCAAAACUAGGUACUGUGACAUUAUUACUUGCUAUUGGACACGUCGUUACAGUAGGCAUACCAUUCUGGAUGCCACAGACCUUAGGAUGUGAUCAAGAAAUAAAUUUUACUUAA